AUGAUGCUGGAGGCGCCGGCUGCUGCUGCUGCAGGCCAGCAGCAGCAGCAGCAGCAGCAGCAGCAGCAGCAGCAGGAGCAGCGGGCCCAGUGCCUGCGGUUUUGCAUGACUCUCUUUUUGCUGUUUUCCACUUUCUUUUUGAUAAAGGCGCAGCAAGAUGGAUACAACCAAGAGAGACACAGACGGAGACGCAGGCCGCCGCCGCCGGGGCCGCCGGACUCCGCCUCCGUGGACGUGGUCUUAUUUGCCAGCUGA